CAAAAGAAGAAGAUCGAGAAAUCAUAGAAAUCCAUACUCAGAAAGAAGAAAAGAAAGAAACAUGGAAGGUGCAUCGUUGUUAAAGGUCGUGAUCUGUUGAUUAAAAAUUCUUGUGGGAAUUGUGUUGUUGGUGCGGUGGUAACAGUAAUAAGAAAAGAGAGUGUUGAAAAGUAAGAGAGUAAUUUAAGAAGGUAGAAACAGUGUAUAAUAGAAUAGUGAGAUAUGGGGAGGGGAAGAGUGCAAUUGAAGAGGAUCGAGAACAAGAUCAAUAGACAAGUCACCUUCUCAAAGAGAAGGUCUGGUUUGCUUAAGAAAGCACACGAGAUCUCUGUGCUUUGUGAUGCUGAAGUUGCUCUCAUAGUCUUCUCCACCAAAGGCAAGCUUUUCGAGUACUCUAGCGAUCCCUGCAUGGAAAGAAUUCUUGAACGGUAUGAGAGAUAUUCGUAUGCGGAGAGGCAGCUUGUUGCAAAUGAUCAGCAACCAAAUGAAAAUUGGACUCUAGAACACGCAAAGCUCAAAGCAAGGUUGGAAGUCCUACAGAGAAAUCAAAGGAAUUUUAUGGGAGAAGAACUGGAUGGCCUAAGUAUAAAAGAGCUUCAAAAUUUGGAACAUCAGCUUGAUUCUGCUCUCAAACACAUUAGAUCACGAAAGAACCAACUCAUGUAUGAAUCUAUUUCAGAGCUUCAUAAAAAGGAUAAGGCCCUCCAAGAACAAAACACCUUGCUUGCUAAGAAGAUAAAGGAGAAAGAGAAGGCACUGACCCAACAGGCCCAACUGGAGCAGCAAACUGAUGAUAUGGAUCUAGCCUCUUCUGCCGUCGUACCUCAAUCAUUGCAAACCUUGAAUAUUGGUGGUUCCUUGCAAGGGAGAGGUGAUGGGGAAGAUAAUGAAGGAACCCCAACGCGAACCCAAGCUACUGCCCUUCUUCCACCUUGGAUGCUUCGUCCCAUAAAUGAAUAGAUGACAAUUACACAACUUUUUAUAAUAAAUAUGAAUAUGGCUAGUACGAAGCCUACCUUAUGUGUUGUGAAGAGGUCUAGUGUCUUGUUAUGUUGAACGACUUAUGGUGAAUUAGACGGUCUAAUACACACGCAUAUGGCUAGUACGAGGUCUAGUGAUAAUAUCAUAUGGCUAGUACGAAGCCUACCUUAUGCGUGUGUAUUACUCAUGGUUAUGGCAAAAUGGUCAUUGUAAUAUUUGAAUAUAAUGUGUAUGUAAUAUGUCUGGAUGACUACAAUUCAUAGUUACAUGGUGAAUUA